UUUUAGGUUAUAAUGUGAAAUUGAAAUUGUGCUGUGAAAUUGUGUAGCUAAUCUGUCAUAAUUUCAACCAAAUAUUUAAAUUUUGAAGUCUUUUUUCUCUAGGUGAGUUUUUUGUGUUGGUUUAUUUCAUCAUGGCAAAGAACACAUCCAGCUCCGCGUUCCGAAAAAUCGACGUCGAUCAGUUCAAUGAAGAUGCGUUCAAAGAGGACGAGCAAGAUUUCCGGUCACCGCCCGCUGGACCUGAUGAAAAUGAAGUCAUGUCUUUUCUCAACUCAGGGAAGUAUACAGAGGCUCUUCAAACUGUUUUACGAAAUGCACCCCUGGGAUCUAGAAAUCAACAGGUGAAGGAUUCAGCUUUGAACCUUACCCUGAAAGUUCUACUGUCAAUCAAGUCUUCGAAUAUGGAAGAUAUAAUUUCAACGCUGGACACGGACAUGGUAGACAUUCUCAUGAAAUAUAUCUAUCGAGGAUUUGAGAUUCCAUCUGAGCGAAGCAGUGGUCACCUCCUGCUGUGGCAUGAUAAGGUCUAUGCUGUUGGCGGUGUUGGUAGCAUCAUGCGUGUUCUCACAGAUCGUCAAAAAGCCUAGUUUAUCAUUGCUGUAAUUUUGAUAUUUUUACUGUAAAUAUUGUACACUUUUAUUCAUAAAUCAUUAUUGUAUGGUUCAUGAGAUGAAGCUAUAUUGUGUUUCACACAUUCAAAUGGCAAAAACCCAGCAUAUCUAACUUGCGCGAAUAGCCACUGCUAUAUUGGUCAUCCAUAUUGUAUUUUAUCAGAGGAUGACACAAGUUAAGGGAUAAAAUUCAAAAAUUUUAAUUUUUAAUAAUUUAUUUUCAAUGGUAAGCAAAUGGAUCGUUCUUAUUCCAUACCGUG